UGUCAGUUCACAAAUGGUGGCGUACACGUGACAGCGUCGCGCAUUGUCAAAAGACUCGAAACUUCAUUGAUGAACUUUAAAUAUAACUACUACGGCAAAAAAAAACACAAGUGAAAAAUGAAAAAAUCAAGUGGAGACGUGUCUGAAGUUUAAGUUUGUUGUGUAACCAAGAAGAGAAACGUACACACUGGAGGAAGGAUAUAUUAUUCACAUAUUAAAGAAGUUGCAACAUAACCAAACUUUGUAUACAUAUCUUUUUGUAACAAGUUUUUUUAGUUUGCUGUGAUUCGUGAUAUUUACAAAUUUGAAUGGAAGAUGUCCGUUAGAUUUAUCAAUUCCUGCUCCUUGUAAGGGUACAUAUGGGAUCAAAAUACUGUCGUGUGUGGACUUGUAGGAGUAACUUCGCUGAAAUAAAUAAGACUGAUGACAUAUUCAGGAACGGGAAAUAAGUCAGAUAUGGAGGAAUUGAUUAGGUAAUCCGAGAGUCCACUGAAGCUCUUCAAACACAGUCACCGUCAAAAUGCCGGUAGGAACAAAUUACAGGACCUCCACAAUGAAAAACAGUUUUUCCCUCUCGUCUCUACAAGGAACAGAUGUAACCACACCAGAAAGAGAAAUAAAAUCCAGACAGUUCAACAGUUUGACUAAGAAAAGGGUGAAAUCUCCAAAUGUACGAAAAUCAUGGGGCAGCACAACUUCAAGUGACCAGAGAGAUGAUUUUUGGAUGUCGCUACAAGAGAACUACAAUUAUAUUAUGGACAACAACCUCAUCGAUAAGUGCCAAGAAGUCAAAAGUGAUAUAGCCAUAGAGAGAAAAGAAAGAGAAAGAACUCUGGAUGACUUUAUUGUCGAAUACUCCAAACUCUAUUCUUUGAUCGAUAGUGUUCAGGAGAUGAUUUACGGCAAAGAAGAAAGUAUCACAGACAAGGCCAUAAGAUUGCAAUGUCAAAGCUUAGUGCUUGAACAUAGCCCUCUUAUGAACUUGCUGAACGACAGAGCUAGUCAACUUGUACAAUCACAUCCAGAGGUUCAAGACGAGGUCACAUGGCGUUUAGGUCAUCUAAACUCAAAAUGGGAUACCAUUUCGAGUAUUUUAGGUGCAACAGAAUGUGGACUCUGUGAACAAGACACGUGUUUAGAUCUAGAUCACGAAAUCAGGUGUUUGAGGAAAUGGAUCAAAACCAUGGAGCAGGCUCUCCAGCCCUUAGAUUUGAAAACCAAAUAUUCAAAGACUGAAAUUGAGGCGAAAGCUUUAGAACUAAAGGUGCUACACCGUGACAUAGAAAAUCACGGUAAAAUAGUGGGUUCUGUCGUUAAGCUGUGCAAGAAGUCAGAUGCAAGUUGCAACAGAGCAAAUGUUCGCCGUAUUGCCAAUGGACUAGAACGAAGAUGGCAUCUUCUUUUCCUCAGCUCAUUGGAAUGGCAAUGCUACCUAGAAACGUUGACAGGUCUUGAAAACAAGAAUCAUACUUACUCAUCCGAUUCAGACAGCGACUUCAGCUUCGAGCCAGUUAAUAAACAUCCUCGACUGAGCAGCAGAGAAUAUCUGCAUCCUAAUAAAGAUCCAAGAGAUAAGAAUGCUGUAGAGUUCGAUACAAACGAGGAUAAAGCUACGGAAGGAGUGAUGAAUACGAACGCUAACAUCUUGCCAAAGGCUGGUCAACAGAACGGCUUCGAUUCGGUUGAUGGCAAGUUGAAACACAACGAAAGUGCAGACCAUUUCACGCAUUCGAAUAGGAAGGGUCCAAAUUUGGCGACGUACUACUUCAAACACCCAGACACAGAUUCGGACAUGGACAAAGUUGAAAAAGUCUCUAUGGUGCAAGAAAGCGCGCAGGAAACUUCGGAAGACGACGAAUGGAUCUACAACAAAACCGAAGAGAAAGAGUUGGACAGCACGGAUACAAACGAUAACAUGGAUAUACCGAAGAAGAUAUCGGAAGAGACGAUCAAAAGGCUCGUGCAGAAGGCAGAGGAACUAGUCAGUCCGGACCAGACAAAGAAGCUGGGAAGGUUGCAGGCUUUGAACAAGAUGUCCAGGGUGAAACAGUGGUUGGUCAAUAAGAGGCCGGAGGAUAGUUGCGAUGCUAGUGGCGAAGACGAAGAACGAGAAUCACAGAUUUCGGAAGAUUUUGAUGAAAGUACGGCCACAUACAAGAACAACUACGAUAACGAUUCGCACAACACUUCUUUCACAGAAUUGAACAGUACAGAGACCACACCUAAAGUUAUGCUGCGCCAGAGGAAGUACAAUGGAAAUAGACCAUGGAGUGUUUCUUGUAUACUACAGUUGGAACCUAAGAACGGAAUUGACGAAUUUUCGCAUUCUACAUCUGAGUCGGCCUUGCACAAUAUAACACCCAAGAAGAUCGAGGACUUCAACCAAACGUCCAGUUCACAAACAGUAGCUGGAAAUAAUUCCACGUCAUCUACAAUUGAAGAUAGUAACACAAUCUUGCCAGAAGAAAAGACUUCGCCAAACAGAAGGAGAAGGCUGAAGAUGAAAAGGAAAUGUAGUCAUAAAUACCAGUGCAGUAAAUCAGACGAGAGGUGCUUAAACAGCAGGCUGUUCAAAUCAUCAUCAUAUUCAGGGUGUUCGAAUGCAAUGAACAAUAACAGUGAGCGUCAAACAUCUAGUGAUCCACCCUCAAUGAGUCUUCACAGCUUUGGUAAAUACGACACUACUACAAGUGGGGCUGAAACUGAUGAUUCGUUCAAUAAAAGGCUGCCAUCGUUUAAGGUUGGCCUCAAGACGAAUUAUCUCACUUCUGAUGUUCGAGAUUCUAGUCCAGGAAAGAGCAGUCUGAAUACUGCAGAAGAACAAUCGAGUUCUUUGUCCGAACAGGCUUGGGACAGUUAUCAAGAAAAGUACCUGUCUGAGGCUUAUAGCGAGGCGCACGAUUCAGACGCAGCUAGAAGACUGUUAGAGUUCGGUGAAGACUAUCGUAACUUCAUAGAUAGCCAAUCAGACUGGUCUACAAAUCCAGAUUUUUCACCUACCCUCAGAAGACGAACGUUACCUUUAAUUAGUUAUAAUGUUGAGCCAUGCGAUACUGACAGCGAUACAGAAUCUUUGAGGAAAUUUAUAAACUCUUCCAGAGACCAACUGAACUACACCAAGGAGAUACACCAACAGCAAGUGCAGCUAGGACUUGGGCAGUAUUUGGAAUCAAAUGAAAUUAGUGAUAUGUUGUCAACAUGUGAACGCCAUAUAGAUCUUCUAAAACACAUUGACCGUUCAGGAGAUUGCGUAUCAAGAGAUGACAAAAAAGCAGCAACAGAACUGUUGGAUCUGUGGAUCGAGUUGAAGCAAAGUGUUAUGAUCAUGCAGGACUAUCGUAAUCUACAGAAGGAGAUCUUGCAAUUGAAGCACUCGCUUGGUUCAAUUGUGGUUCCAGAUGACGGGAGCAUACUAGAUUUGGACGACCUUGAGAAGGAGGUUGUUAAAUAUGAGAAAUUAUUGGCUGAUAUUCAGGAUAAAAAGAAGAAGCUUUUCGAAUUGAACUUGUCUGUUCACCACUUUGUUGUCGAACACAAAGAAUAUAAUGCCUCGUCUUUGAAAAAUGACAUUUCGCAUCUCUACAGUUUGUGGGAAAAUCUACAUCAGAAAACUUCAGAUCGAUUGAGUCAACUUCAGCCGUUGCUGGAAACAUGGAAGACUUUGGAAAGUAGACUAGAUCAACUUCAUGGGGAUUUGAGAAGUGACGAGAAAACUCUACGAUUAUUAGAUUCUGCACUGAGAGGAGGAACUCUUUCAGAACAAACUGCCGUAUAUGUGCGUGAUGUUGCCAAGUUGCUGUCAGAAACCAACGUGGUCAAGGGUUGUACAAUACCAGAGCUUUUCACAGAAGGUUCUUGGUCAGACAGUGGUAUAUCCGAUGAAGGAUCAGAACACGAUGUUGGUGAAAGAGAACGUAGAUUGGCUGCCAUCAGAAGGUUAGUCAGACAGUUGGAAGUAGUAUUGUCCCCCGACAGUGAUGCCCGUGUCCAUAUGGCCAGCAGACUGUCUUCUGCUGAAGAAGAACUUAAGGAACUUCAGAAGCAGUGCAGGUCUCUCAUUGUACGCUCAGCAGUGUGCCCUUUACCCAACGUAGCAGGCCAUUCAGAGGAUAAACACGCUGGUGAAGUCAACUCAGCCAAAGGUAAGGAUGGGGGUGGCGAUCCCGACGAUGAUGAUGCUGGGAAAGCGUCUUGGUUCAAGAGAGCAGUUAGGGCCUCUGUACCUUUUCAAUUAGUAUUAGUCACAAUAUUGUGCAUCGCCUGGCUGCUAGAGCCUCAAUGUUGUGACAACAUGAAUAAUUAUGCAUGGUCUCUAAGUCCAAAAUUGCGUUAUAUAAACGGACCACCGCCAAUAUAGGUACUUAAGUUUUGUUACAAACCAGUCUCGUACCAGUUUUGUACUUAGGUUUUCACUAAAACCUUUUUUUAUCGAUACUUUCGUAAACAGAAAGCGAUUGCUCAUAGUCUAAUCAAAUAAUCGCAGUAUUUUCAAUGUGCCUUCAAAUAGGUCCGACAUUUUUUUAAUCUGUACAAAAAGUAUCCGAAUAUUUAUUUUAUUUCUUAUAACAUAUUGUUAUUGUGUAUAUAGAGUUUUAUGAUAUAAAAUGAAAAAAAUUCUGUGAAUUUGCUAGGAGCAAAUGGAAAUUGCCCAAAAUUUUCGAUUGAGAAGAUGCGAGUAAACUAAAUUUAGUUCUUCCGAUUUUCGACCUUUUUCAACGACACUAUUUUUUUUUAUACCUGAAGUUUUUCAUUUUGUUUUUAGAUAUGCAUGUUGUUUUCCCUUGUAAAUAAAUAAUUAGGGCGUAGUUACCAUUGAUGGCAUAGUUGUAUGAAAUAUUAUCAAAAAAAUACGAACUGUGCCUUUUGCUAAGAGCUUUAUGAAGUUAUGGGAAUCCAAAAUAACGGAUCACCCAUUUAUGAGUUUAUAAUUUCUCUUCUGAGAUUUAACGAUGACUUAUUCGAUAGGAUAUAUUUUUAUAUUCGAUUUUUUACUCGACCAAUGACUAAGUUAGAGCGAUCUAACGGCUGACAUAAUGUCAUUCAUCAUGUGAACGAGACGUCUGACAACAAGAAUAUUAUCUUGAACCCCGAAGGGAAAGACCCACCCUAUACACUGCCAUUAAUAUGGCUCCUCGUUAUUUUUAAGAGCGUCAGAUUUGUAUCAACCUCUUUAUUUACGGUAGUUGAAACUCCGUUAAGUUAUUAUCAUUAUGAUGAUUUCAUCGAACUAUUGCAUGUUUAGUAUUUAACUAGGUAUUGCAUGUGUUUAAUACUGAUAACGAUGUGGCAACGUCGCCGUUUCCGCGUUCACUUCGUUUGACUUUUUUUUGGUCAGUAUAAAGUAAGUUUUAAGUUCCUGAAUCAAUUUCGUACGGAUAUAUUUAUAAAAAACGUCGACGUUGUUAUUUCUACUUCUUGUUCAAGAAGAUCAUGUUGUGUAUCCGUGUUUCAAGUAUUAUAAUUUAUGUUUGUUGAUGAUUAUGUGCUUGGUUGAUAUUUUUUUUUUAUUGGCGAAAUCAUUGAUACCUAAUUAUAUUCUUCAAUCCAAAAUAAUGUGCCAUAGUCAUAAAAGGUCUCUAAAGUUAUGAAACAAAUAUAUCAUUUACAUCAUGUUGUCAUUUCACUUUUUUAAUUCGAAUAAGAGAAAAGUAUCAACCAUUCCACGAAAAAAAAAAUUUAGAAGAACGUGAUAAGGAUCCCAAUUGUUUUUAAAUUGGAAUAUGUAUGUUUGAUUUCGUGUUCAUUUUUUAUAAUGUUAUUUAUAUUGUUGUUUUUUCGAUAUUUUAUUUCCAACAAUGGUUUAUGUGUAACUUGAAGAAAUAACAAAAAAAAAAUGCAUUUCAGUUGAGUGUCCUUCAAUCUUUGGUGAUUGUUAAUAUGUAAGUUUAUUUUACUCACAAUUUUUCCAGAUUGAUGAUGCUUUUGAAUAUGUCAAGGAUCAUUUUAUGCAUUUACUGUUUUCCUUUUAUUUCGGUGCGAACAAGAUGGAUAUUGAUCCCGAUUGAGAUCAAUCACUUCAAUGUUAUCGAUUAUUCUUUACAGUACCACUUAGGUGCAGUAUAUUUAAUCUUUUCCAAUAAAGUUUGAUCGAA